AUAUUUAAAGGACGACUGAGGUCAAAGUUCAUCUCUGUUGCCACCACGUGGACGAAUAGUCUGAAGUCUUGUAAUUUUAAUUGAAUUGUAUUAACAUAAAUUUGAUCAAAAUGUCAACAAUGAAUUUUCAAAAGAGUUUCAAGUCAAGACCACCUGAUAAAGGAAGCUUUCCUCUUGAUCACGAAGGCGAAUGUAAGGAUUUUAAGAUCCGGUUUAUGGACUGCAUGCAAAGAAGUGGCCAACAGUCAAGUGAAUGUAGGCUGGAAUCUAAGGCAUAUCUGGAAUGUCGUAUGGAAAGGGAUCUUAUGACAAGAGAACCUUUGAGUAAACUAGGAUUUGCUGACUUAGUUGACAAGAACGCAAGUGCUUCAAAAACUACAGAAUCCGGCAAAGCCUCGUGACAUAUAAGAAAAAGCAUUGCAUACGUACAAGCAGGAACAGUGACUGAGUGUCCAGAAAUAGAUUGCUAAUGACUUAUACAAUCCUUGAGUUUGUAUAUAAAUAGAAUUCUAUCAUAUCAGCAAGUCUCGGAUCUGUAUGCUUUUCUGUUCUAUGAAAACAUUUGGUUUCCAAUUAAAGAUAAUUGUUGCACUUCCUACAACAUGUACACUUGCCAAUUACAGGAGAAUGUAAUGGUUGAUAAACUAUGGUUGAGACUAAAUCCUGGCGUCUGAGUGUAUUUCAACCCCUGGAUGCAAUUGGAUGGCAAUAACUACAGCUACAGUUUACAAAUACAAUUUUUUUU